CAAAUGUGUUAGUGCUAGAAUCCUAACCUCAAGUACAUUAGUGUUCAAAUUCUGAAUCCGUCCUUGUCUUUAGAUGUCUAUGUACCAUCUGUGCUACAUGAAUUUCUGAUAAACGAGUAAUUCCUGUGAGUAAACUAGUUAGGUGCAGAUGUCAUCUCCAAGAUAUAUGCUUAAUUGAUCAAUGAGUACAUUCCUUAAUUGCUUGUCCUUGUCCUUACUAUUGUAUCAGCUUGCUUUGGUCUCCCAUGCAGUAAAUGAUCAUUCUUUGUUUAUGUCUCUUUCUAGCUUUACCUGCUCUUCUCUUUAACAUCUUGAAUGUUCUAAAAGGUUUCACCUUAUUGUUGUUCCCCUUUGUCUUUAUUCAAAAGCUUUUCCUUUAACCACUAUUUGGAAGGUUAGGUUAGUCAGUAUACAAAACGUGUUCCGUUAUGCUUCUUUGUGCAACUGCACAAUUCUUUGGGUUUGGGCAGCAGCUUUUACAAUAAAACAAAGAGAUUAAACUAGUUUGGCAAGUGUUUGCUCUCUGUUUAGCGCACGACGCACACAAAAAGAAGAGGAAGGAAGAAUGGUGAUUAAUACUGCUUCUACAGAAAUCAUUGCUGACCUUUAGUAUUCUUGAUGAAGUCUAAGUUUAAGCUCUUGUAGACUACACCAUUUCUUUCUCCCUCUCUCUGCUAGAUUUGUGAGGUAGAUUGAUACAACAAUGAUCUUUGUGGACAAAAUAGUAUGGCCUUAACCCAGAAUUUGAAAGUCACAAGCUAGUCAAUACACCAUAGGUGAAUUGACCAAAUAUGCACUUCAUAAGCAUGAAAAUGAAACAAUUUUUCUCUUUGAACAGAGUUAUCUUACACUGUUCCAGGGAGAACUUGAAGUAGGGGAAAAUUUCUUAAGUUUCGGCUGUAUAGAGCGGUUGUUUAGUUUUCCAUCUCUUCUUUGGGAUAGCAAAAACAAGAAUGUCGAAAAAUCUCUGCAUCCAGGGAGAACCUAAGAUUCCUAAAAUCGCUGUAGUUUCUUAGACGCUGUUUGAUGCAUGAUCGACAUGACCAAUACAGCUUCUUUUACUCAAGGUACUCAAAUCAGUCCUAAAAGGUAUCACAACCCCAAUCUGUGUUUCUUCUGUAAGAUGUGUAGGUAUUCGUUAUGCUCAAGAUUAUUUGGCCCCAAGGAUCCGACCUGUGUGCGAUACUUACCUUGAAAUUAUAUGAACUUCUGCAUAGGAUGCAAUAGAUUUUUGUGGAGGAAAAAUAAGAAAGGCCCUAGGAGUUCUACCAUAUUUGUUCCUGUACUAGCACAUCAGUGAUGAUAUUCCAAGGUCAUAACCGAUAUCCGGACUUUUUUUGGCUUAAUUGUGAUUUUAAAUGGCAAAAAACAUGGCGUCAACCUAUAUCAGAUCAUUGAGAAACAUAAACAUUCCCAAAGAGUUGAUUCAAAUGGGAGGCUGCAGAACAUUUGCUGUGGGCAGUAAAGGGGGUGCAGCUGCCAAUGCUCCAAAGGCCUCAGCGAUCAGCAAAUACUUAUUUCCAAGAUCUAAUUCCAGUCUUUUCUUAUGUAGGGGAAACGCCUUACAAUCUGAAGUUGUACGCUUAAGGGAAGAAAUGUUCUUGGUGGAUGCAGGACUUGGGACUCCCAGAAUUUGUAUGCAAGAUGAGCUUACAGGAGUGCCAACUGACCGAGCCACCACCAGGUUUGAGAAUAGGGUGGGAUUGGAUCUAGUGGCCAGUGAAUCACCGAUCAAAGAACAGAUUUUGGAGAGAUUCUUCGUCGAUCUAGUGGCCGGUGAAUCAGUGAUCAAAGAGCGAGCAGCUGCCAGGUUUAAUGAUUUGGUGGGAUCUACAGAUGUAGUAGCUGGUGAACCGCUUCUUCUUCUUCCACGAAAAUUCCGACAAAACCGAGCUUUGAUGGAACUGAACAAGAUUUGGCGAAUGAAUAAAAAGGUCAACGGCUUUAUUCUUGAUAAAGUGAGAAGAAGCUUUAUUAAUGAGAAGAUGACAGGAGGUUAUGCAGUAGCCAUUGCAGGUUACAUUGCUUUUCUUCCAAUCCGUAGCAGAGUGAAUAGGUUACAGAAUGGUCGGUUCAUCAUUCAGAGCAUUAACCCCCAAAAGAAUAAUAUUGUGUUGUUCUAACUGCGGCAGAUCAAUCUAUCACUCAAUCACAGGCCGCUCUGUCAGAACUCGGAAUGGAUGUGGCACCUACUGGAUAAACACCCUGCACUUAGCGAACUGAGAAGGAAAGACAUUGAUUCUCUCCCUUACGAGUACCUCAAACACUUUUGAAGAUGGUGCAUAUCGCACUCCAGUCUUUUAUUCAUAUAAGAUCUGGAAUUUGAAUAAUGGUUUCUCUAGGGACAUUACUAGGAUAUACAUGCAAGUUUUUAUUUUCUAGUUUCUUAUAUUUUGGGGUCAUGUUACUAUAUCCGAGCACAUGCCGAUGAUAUUAACCCUCUAAAUCUUGUUUUUGAAGUCUCUAAGUGAAUGCUAUUACUUAAUUGUAAGGUCA